CCAAUUGGUAUGGACGAUAUGAAUGGUCCAUUUUUAUUUUUAAUCGAAACAAAACAACACUUUGUGGUUAUAAAAAAAUUUAUAAUCAUUAAUUAGUCCUGUUUUGUCAUAUUAUAACUAAGUUUUCGAAACCUUAAUGUGUGGUAAGGUUUGAAAAAAGUAUAUCUUUAUUCGUCAACGAGUAACUUGUAUAUGUAUAAAAUAUAACGAAUGUGUACAUAAAAUACAUAAAUAUUGCUUGUCACAAUGUUUGGUGAAAAAGUUAUAGAACUUAUAAAAGAAGCAGAAAGAAAUCCUGAAACUAUUGAUCAAUUCAAUGAUGAAAAGAUACGGCAAAUCUUGGAAGAAAUGCAGUCCUUAUUUCAAAUGAAUAUGAAUGAUGCAAAUGCUACAUCAGAAAACAAAUCUCUUUGGACAACAGUGCAAGUAAGGCACUCAGCUUUAGAACGUAAUAAGCGCUGCUUGCUAGCAUAUUUGUACAGUAGAGUGAACAAGAUCAAGACCCUGCGCUGGGAGUUUGGCUCUGUGUUGCCUCCGGACGUAAGAGAAUUACUCUCCGAUGAUGAAUAUGACUGGUUUUCAAAGUACUCCACAAAUCUAGCAACAUACAUGAGAUCUUUAGGAGAGGACAUUGGCUACAGUGGAAUAGAUUUGACAGAAAACCUUAAGCCUCCGAAGUCACUGUAUAUUGAAGUGUUGUGCAUGGCUGACUAUGGCAAGUUAGAGCUUGAAGAUGGUGAUGUGAUAACUCUGAAGAAAAAUAGCAGACAUUUUUUACCAACAUCUGAGUGCCAAACAUUAAUAAGACAGGGCAUUUUGAAACAAAUAUUAUAACUAUUAUUGUUCUUUUAAAAACUUGUGGUUAUAAGUGAUAAAAACAUUUCAGUGGCUGUCCAUAUUGAAGUAAUAAACAAUUGAACUGAAA